CUUGAUCCCAAGUCAGGCCUCCUUCUGGGAGGCCUGACUUGGGACUUUCUUGACUGACUUGGGACCUUCUGACUUUCCUUCUGGGCCUGACUUGGGAUCGACAUGAAUGAGGUCCAAGCUGCAGUGUGCGAUCUAGUCAACUAUGGGUUCGACUUCUUAGCCGAUGGUAGAAACUGGUGGUUGCCGGUGGCAAAAGCCACAGAACUGGAAUCUUCGGUAUGACCCCAUAAAUACUUGCAAUCUGAAGGACAGGAGAGCUUUUUACGAGGAGGAACGUAUGAGCCAGAUUUUACACCUGUAUUCUUUAAAUAUGAGGUAUUCGAAAACUGAUGAAAUAUGCUUGUUUACAAGAGUCAAAUAUUAUGGACCAAACGAUGAAGUUUUUUACGUUGACGUUGGUUGCAACAAAGCUUCCUCAGAAGGAAAUAUUCUUCUUCAGCUCAGUCAACAUUUUUCAUGGUCCCAAAGAAGGAUGAAUUCACCCGGUGACUUCGGAAAUCUAAUGUGAUAAUUUCGUGACAGCAGAACUUUCUGACGAAGGCAAUCAUGCUGUAAAAAUUGUUAUGUUUUCAUAUUUUAUCUGUUUAAAGAGCUUUUGUUACUUCACUGUUCUGUUUCCGACUCCUG